AUGCGUCUCGCUCUUGCUCUUUCGGUUUUUGCAGCGGCAGUCACUGCAUCAUCUGCUAGCACAGUUCCUCCUGAGCUUGCUGUCAUUGGCGAGCCAUCGACCGUCUUGAACCUCACAUAUUCCGUGGGGUCGACCGAGGUCAGCUUUAAACCCGGUGAAUUUCUAAACGCAACCAUCUCCAAAGAUGCGCCGCAGCCGCACUUGCAUGACAUGGGACUGAGCAGCACUGGUCCCUACCUCAUGCUGAUGGUUGAUCCGGAUUGGAACAAUACCAGCCCUCCCUCAGUAAUCCUGCACACUGUCGUCGCCAACUUGACCACAAACGUCAACAGUACGAGCAAGGCGAAGGUAAUUGCCACCUACCUUGGUCCUGAACCCAAGUCUGGCACCCACAAUUACACCCUCUUCCUGUUCAAUCAGCCCUCCAACUUUACUAUACCUCCCCGCUAUCAGUCCUUCGUGGAGACAAAUGAUCAAACCCCGCUCAACCGAUUGAACCUCCCACUGGAGACCUUUAUCAAUCAGACUGGCCUGGGAGCACCCGUUGCUGCCAAUUACUUCCGUGUCACGGCGACCAACAGCACCAGCACCAGCACCAGCACAAACACGACUACCAGCGGUACGACUACCAGCGCGACCGCUAGCAGCACGUCCAGCGGAGCAGCCAUCAAGGGGGCGAACAGCCAGAAGUACUAUCUGGCAAGUGCCUUGGCUCUUGUGGGUGCAGCCAUUAUUGCAGUUUAG